AUGAUUGCCAAGACCACCAUCUCUGCCCUGCUGGCCGGCGCGGCCCUCGCGAUCCCUGCCACUCCCACAACUCCCGAGGUCGACUUUUCCAUCGGUGCCCUCGACAGCCGCCAGCUCGGUGGUAAGGUGACCAACAGCGCCAUUGCCAACUUCAACUCUGGCAACACCCACGACGGUAUUGGUGCCGGCAAGGACGAGUAUCACAUGUACUACGGCGACGGCAGCACGGGUGCCGGCUGGCCGGACCGUAGCCGCUGGGUGUCCUUUGUCGACAUGUUCAACAACUACAAGAACCAAAUGUUCAACUCUUGCUCCGGCCAGGGCCAGGCCAAUGACUCUGGUCCCGAAGUUGGCGCCAUUUAUGACGGCAUCCAAAAGGCCGCUUCGGCGUCGGGCGUCGACCAUCGCUUCAUCCUGGCCGUCAUCAUGCAGGAGUCGGGCGGCUGCGUGCGCGUCAAGACGACCAACUACGGCGUGCGCAACCCUGGCCUGAUGCAGGACCACGACGGCGAGGCCACGUGCAACGACAACGGCCGCGUACAGAAUCCGUGCCCGUCGGGUACCAUUUACCAGAUGAUCUCCGAGGGCACGGCCGGCACGGCCAAGGGCGAGGGCCUCGCGCAGACGCUCAACCGCCAGGGCCACAGCGACGUCUCGGCGUUUUACCGCGCGGCGCGCCUCUACAACUCGGGCUCCAUCUCUCACACGGGCAACCUCCAGGACGGCAUCGCAACACACUGCUACUCAAGCGACAUUGCCAACCGUCUUACUGGUUGGGUCUACGCUGCGUCCAAGUGCAACUGCGACAACAACCCCAGCAGCUGCGGUAUUACGACCAACUAA